AUGAAAAUCAACCUGUCGAACAAGCUGGCUUCAGAAAGAAUUAUAGCACAAUUGACCACAUCCAUACUAUUAAGCAAAUUUUGGAAAAAUAUAAUGAAUACCAAAAACCUUUAUACAUUGCCUUUAUUGACUACUCUAAAGCCUUCGGCAGCUUGAAUCAUAAUUAUAUCUGGUAUAGCUUAAGACAUCAAGGAGUAGAAGAACCCUACAUCAAUUUUAUCAAAAACAUCUAUGGCAAGAGGACAGGCCGAAUAAAACUGGAAUCUAAGGUGACUCUUUUCCUAUAAAUAGAGGUGUGAGGCAAGGAGAUCCCUUGUCUCCUAAACUGUUUAAUGCAGUUUGUUUAGUGUAAAUUGUUUUGUAUUGUUUUUACAUUUUUUUGGUUAAAUUUAUGCAUAAAGUGUAAGAUCUGUAGAACUAAUUUUCAUUUUUGUUUUAUUUAUCUAAAAAAAGUUACUUUUGACAUUAUAGCUGUUUUAUAAUUGAUAACAUUAUACUUGUAAGAUAGCCGAGAACCUUUUGAUUUUAAGCCAAAAAGUAUUUUUAUUUUUAUGCCACCCUACGUGCUUUAUUUUAUAAUGUCUCAAUUAUAUAGGUAUGUAGAAUAUUAGAUAUAAUAAUUUUGGAUUUGUAAUUUCAUAUAAUCGUGUCCCACAGAUAUUAAAUGAAUCUGAGGCUCCAACGAUAGCAAAAAUGCUUAGACCAUGUCGGUUUAUGACCUUCACGGUUUUUAUGUCACCUUUUAUUAUAAAGAGCAAAAUAAUAUUUCAGAACGUCCACCGCAGUGGUGUGGAUUGGUACAGCCACAUCAGACCAGAGGAGCAGGCGUACUGGUACCAGGAUUAUAAAUUAAGAAGAAUUUAUGGUGCGUACCUGUAUCCAAGAAGAAAUUUGAGUUCGAUAGUAAAACAAGUGGUAACAAAAGGGGUAGCGGCAGCGACAAAGAUAACAAAAGUAGCAGCUAAAUCCGUAGUGAACGGGGCAAAAUUCGUAGGGAUAAAUGUAAAAAACGCAGGAAAUAAGGUAAAAGAGGUAGGACAAAAGGCAGUGAAAAAGAUAAUAGGGGUAGGGAAAGAGACAGGGAAAAAUAUAAAAGAGGCAGGGAAAAAGAUUCAAGAAGCAGGGAAACAGGCAGGGAAAAACAUAAAAGAGACAGGGAAAAUGGCAGGAAAAAAGAUAAUACAGACAGGGAAACAAGCAGGGAAAAAGAUAACAAAUGCAGCAAAGAAGGUGAAAAAUGAAGUGCAAAAAACUGUAAAAAACAUAAAAGAGGGUACUGUGAAAGGGACAAAAAAUGUUAUAGAGACGCUGAAACCGGCAGUUGUAAAGGGGGCACAAGAAGCAGUGAAAGAGGUAGUAAAAAAAGCGACAAAGAAAGCAGCACAGAAAGCGAUAGACGCAGGCAUAGAAGCAGCCAAAAAUGUCGUCCAGAUUAUAGUUCCGGAAUAUAAUCCAAGUUCACAGGCGAAGAAGUUAGACUUAGAGGAGAGAGUGAUUGAUCUGGCGGGAAAUUAUAUUAUAUCAGAUUUAGGCCUAAAUCCAGAAGAGCAAACCGUAAAUUCAGACGAGCAAAGCGAAAGUUCAGAAGAACAAAGCGAAAGUUCCGAAGAGCAAAGCGAAAAUUCAGAAGAAGAAAGCGAAUAUUCAGAAGAGCAAAUGUACUGAGCGGCUGAAUGCGGACUACCUCGUAAAAGUGUUUGUUAUAUUUAGAAUUAAUUGAGGCAUUUGGGCACUUAACGAGUUCUAUAAGUAAUUUUUUAAUAGGAAUUUUGAUGUAACUUGAGUUCUGAUAAUACUAGAAAAUCUGAAUAGAUUGAGAGUCGUCUACUCUCUCUACGCCUCUCUACGCCUAAAAAAGUUUGAUUCAUAAUAAAUAUUUAAUGAA